UUCUGUUUAAAAAUUUUAGUUUGCAGCUCUGUGCAUCACUCAGACGGUCAGAUCUUUGUAUCAAUAUUUUCUAGUAUCUUUUCUGUAUACGCAAAUGACAUUAGCUGAAGAAAAUAGCAAUUGUCGAGCAUUGGAAGAACUCCGAGGAACUCUCUAUAAUGAGCUUUGGACUUCAGAAGGAGCUAAGCGCCAGCAACAGCGAUUUUGUGGGCCUGUUGUGGCUAUGACAUUCAAUUUCAUGGUUGCGGUUGGGAUAAUUAUGGCAAACAAAUUAGUAAUGGGAAAGGUUGGAUUUAACUUCCCAAUCUUUCUGACGUUAAUUCACUAUUUCUCUGCUUGGGUUUUUCUUGCCAUUUUCAGGGCAUUGUCAUUGCUUCCACCAUCUCCUCCUUCCAAGUCUACUCCUUUCUCUUCUCUCUUCUCUUUGGGUGCUGUCAUGGCUCUCUCUUCUGGUCUUGCCAAUACCAGCCUAAAGCACAACAGUGUCGGUUUCUACCAGAUGGCCAAAAUUUCUGUCACUCCGACUAUUGUCAUUGCAGAGUUCAUUCUCUUCAGAAAAACCAUUUCUUUUAACAGGGUUAUAGCAUUGGCUGUGGUUUCAGCAGGUGUGGCAGUUGCAACAGUAACAGAUUUAGAGUUCAAUUUCUUCGGUGCCUGCAUUGCAGUGGCAUGGAUAAUCCCAAGUGCCGUAAACAAAAUACUGUGGUCUAAUCUGCAACAGCAAGGCAAUUGGACUGCUAUUGCGUUGAUGUGGAAGACUACCCCUAUCACAAUUUUCUUUUUACUAGCUCUGAUGCCAUGGUUAGACCCACCCGGAGUUUUAUCCUUCAAAUGGGAUCUCAAUAACUCCUCUGCAAUUCUAGUAUCUGCUGCCCUUGGUUUUCUCCUACAGUGGUCUGGUGCUUUAGCACUUGGAGCAACUUCUGCAACCUCUCAUGUUGUUUUAGGACAGUUUAAGACGUGUGUGAUCCUAUUUGGAGGCUACCUGAUUUUCAAUUCAGAUCCAGGGUUCAUUAGCCUGUGUGGGGCUGCUGUAGCUCUUGGUGGAAUGUCGGUCUAUACAUCGCUUAACCUGAAGGAGUCACACGAAGGUUCAAGUUUGCAACUUCCAAGGCAGAAUUUAUCUUCCAAGUCCAAAACCAACAUUGAAGAUGCCAAAGAAAGGUCAGAUGUAACCACAAACGUUGUCUGAAAAAACAGAACCUUCAAAUGGGAAUACACGCUAGUGUCUUGAGAGAGCGAGAUCACUAACAUUUUCUCCCAUUUUCUUGUUUAACCUUAGGAACAUUGAAUUUAGAUUGAGGAUGAGAACGAUAUUAUGUACAGAAAAUACUGCUCGCAAUUUUGUAAAGGUGUGGAAUCAAGAAUAACAAGAAUUCUUCA